AGCCGCCGCCGAGGACUCAGCAGCCUCCCCCUCAAGCCCCCUCGCUUCCAGACGCUCCGUCCCCCCUCCCCGCCUUCUCCAGCCGCCGCCUUCCGCAGGCCGUUUCCACCGAGGAAAAGGAAUCGUAUCGUAUGUCCGCUAUCCAGAACCUCCACUCUUUCGACCCCUUUGCUGAUGCAAGUAAGGGUAAUGACCUGCUGCCUGCGGGGACAGAGGAUUAUAUCCAUAUAAGAAUUCAACAGCGCAACGGCAGGAAGACCCUUACCACUGUCCAAGGGAUCGCUGAUGACUACGACAAAAAGAAACUAGUGAAGGCCUUUAAGAAGAAAUUUGCCUGCAAUGGCACUGUGAUUGAGCAUCCAGAAUAUGGAGAAGUGAUUCAGCUCCAGGGCGACCAGCGCAAGAACAUAGGCCAGUUCCUUGUAGAGAUUGGACUGGCUAAGGACGACCAGCUGAAGAUUCAUGGGUUUUAAGUGCUUGUAGCUCACGGAAGCUUAAGUGAGGAUUUCCUUGCAAUAAGUAGUAAAAUUCCCUCUGUCCCUUGUCACAAGUUUAAAACCUCACAGCUUGUAUGAUGUAACCAUUUGGGGUCCACAUUUAACUUGGACUAGUGUAACUCCUUCAUGCAAUAAACUGAAAAGAGCCA